AUGGCAGAAGGUGCGCUGUUUGCAGUUGAGGGGGAAGUCUGGAGUGAAAUUGAAUUACUCUUGCAUUACAUUCAGGACUCUGCAAACUUUAUGGUGGAGGCUGUGAAGGAAAUUGGCCUGCUCAACACACAUGUUACGGCCAUGGCAGUGUCAGCACGUAGAGGCUUAUGGCUACGCCAAUGGACUGCGGAUGCGGAUUCCAGGAAAGGCAUGGAGGGCCUGCCCUUUACAGGUGAGGCCUUGUUCGGAGAUGAACUGAAUACUCCUUUCGGGCAGCAACAUUUAAAAACCGAUCCAAAGGUUCCUCCACUGCCUUCAGAGGUGGUCGAGGAAAAUCCAGAAAACCUGCAACUACAGGUUCUCAAGAAUAGAGCUCAGGUUCGGCUUCCUCAAAGCCUUCAGCAUAAUGGUGGACCACUCUGCCUGAAGAAAAGGCAGGGAUACAGACUGGAUUUUCAAGAACUCCCACCUCACAGAUUCUUCAAAUCAGGCUUACCAGCUUCUCAGGAAGCAAGUACAAUCCUGCAACAGGCAAUUCAAAAGUUGUGUGGGAAAUGUUUUGCAUUCAAAUCACAUUUUGUUACUCAUCAGCAUACUCACACAGGUGAGAAGCCGUUUUCCUGUUCUGAGUGUGGGAAAUGUUUUACACAGAAAUCAGCUCUUGUUACACAUCAGAGAAGUCACACAGGUGAGAAGCCGUAUUCCUGUUCUGAGUGUGGUAUAUGUUUUGCACAGAAACCAAAUCUUGUUACACAUCAGAGAAGUCACACAGGUGAGAAGCCGUAUUUCUGUUCUGAGUGUGGGAAAUGUUUCGCAGUUAAAUCACAUUUUGUUACUCAUCAGCAUACUCACACAGGUGAGAAGCCGUAUUCCUGUUCUGAGUGUGGGAAAUGUUUUACACAGAAAUCAGCUCUUGUUACACAUCAGAGAAGUCACACAGGUGAGAAGCCGUAUUCCUGUUCUGAGUGUGGUAUAUGUUUUGCACAGAAACCAAAUCUUGCUACACAUCAGAGAAGUCACACAGGUGAGAAUCCGUUUUCCUGUUCUGAGUGUGGGAAAUGUUUUGCAUUCAAAUCACAUUUUGUUACUCAUCAGCAUACUCACACAGGUGAGAAGCCGUAUUCCUGUUCUGAGUGUGGGAAAUGUUUUACACAGAAAUCAGCUCUUGUUACACAUCAGAGAAGUCACACAGGUGAGAAGCCGUAUUCCUGUUCUGAGUGUGGUAUAUGUUUUGCACAGAAACCAAAUCUUGUUACACAUCAGAGAAGUCACACAGGUGAGAAGCCGUAUUUCUGUUCUGAGUGUGGGAAAUGUUUCGCAGUUAAAUCAGAACUUGUUACACAUCAGAGAAGUCACACAGGUGAGAAGCCAUAUUCCUGUUCUGAGUGUGGGAAAUGUUUUACACAGAAAUCAGCUCUUGUUACACAUCAGAGAAGUCACACAGGUGAGAAGCCGUAUUCCUGUUCUGAGUGUGGUAAAUGUUUUGCACAGAAACCAAAUCUUGUUACACAUCAGAGAAGUCACACAGGUGAGAAGCCGUUUUCCUGUUCUCUGCUGUAUAGUUCCUGUGAUUUCCUCCAGUUCAUUAACCAGCUGCACCAGCUCCUCAUUUUAUGUACACCGAGGAUUCUACUUGGAGAAGUGGACCGAGCCUCGUGUGAACAUAGAAGUCAGGAUGUUAUAUAUCUGUCUGAUGCGUGUGGGUCCAACUCUGUGUACAGCAAGUGA